GAUCAGGCGGUGUCGGCCGCUCAUACCUUCUUCGUCGCGAAUCCCCAGCACCUCCAGAUGCGGGAGGACAUCGAGAAGUACCGGCGGAUGUCAGGGGUGAAGUCGGACAACUUUCGGGACCUGGAGGCCAUGCCGCACUGGGAAGCAUAUGAGGCUGGGGUGCAGCACUACGACGCGGACGAGUACCUGCAGGCUGUGGCCAGGCUGGAGGAGUCGCUCACAGAGGCGCUGUCAGCGCUGGAGGAGUGUCGUGCCCUGUGUGAAGGGCCUUGGGAGGAUGAGGAUGAGGAGGAGGAGGAGGAGAUGCAACCUGGCCUGUACGAAGCCAUUGCAGCCCAUUACAUUCAGGUUUUGAAGUGCAGACAGCAGUGCGUCCUUGAAAUUGCCACAAAGCCGGGGCGGAUUUCUGCCACGGAAGAUUUCAUACCCUCUCAUCUUGAUUUACUGCAGUUUGCCUACGAUCAAGUUGGGAACCAGGCACUGGCUGCCGAAUGCGCUGCUUCCUACUUGCUCUUCUAUCCCACCGAUGAGCCAAUGUUGGAGAAACUGGAACAGUAUCGCACAGAACUGGGAGAGGAUACAGCCGUGACAGCCAGAGAGAGUAUUCAACAUUAUGUGCAGAGAUCUUUGAUGGAGAAGAAGUUGAUUUAUUAUGCAGUGGAGCAUCUAGGAGGAACUUUUAACGACCCUGAUCUUUGGACUCCAGAUGAGCUGAUUCCUGAAAACCUAAAGGAGAAACACAGAGAGGAUCAGGAGAAGCAAAAGCAGGAAACUCUGGAUGUGGAAGAGAGGGAGAAGAGGGGUCCUUUGCCUUUUGAGGGUAUCACUGUCACGAUGGAUUCCCACCAGCUGAAUGGGACCCAGAGGGUUGUGUUCGACAGAGUGCUGACGGAGUCUGAGUGUAAGGACCUUCUUCGGCUGACAAAGGCAGCAGCAGAAGCAGGAGAUGGCUACCGGGCAAGACGGUCCCCUCACACCCCACACGAGAGAUUCGAAGGGUUGACUGUUUUGAAGGCCACGCAGAUGGCCCAGAAUGGGGACGUGGACUGGAGAGAUGCCAAAUUGCUUCUGCAGGCCAGUGAGAAAUCGCGGAAAAUCGUAGAGUCCUAUUUCACUCCUGGAAAGAAACUCCAUUUCUCAUUCACACACCUUGUGUGCCGCACGGCCGUAGACGAGGAACAGGAAGGUCGCAUGGAUCUGAGUCAUCCUGUCCACGCUGAUAAUUGUCUCUUGGAUCCCGAGGGGCAAGAGUGCUGGAGAGAACCGCCUGCCUACGUGCACAGGGAUUACAGUGGCAUUCUCUACCUCAACGAUGACUUCCAAGGUGGGGGCCUUUUCUUCACUGAAAUGGACACUGUGACUGUCACAGCUGAGGUGCAUCCUAAGUGUGGGAGGCUGGUAGCCUUCAGCUCUGGCAAGGAGAACCCCCACGGCGUGUGGGCAGUGAGCCGCGGAAGGCGCUGUGCCGUUGCUCUCUGGUACACACACUCACGGCAGCAUGCUGAGCAGGAACGGGCGAAAGCAGAGGAGCUGAUGGAGCAGAGGGCCGCGGAGCAGGACCGGCCCCGUGGAGAAGAACGUCAGGGAGCUAAUCGCAGUGGCAGAUCCUCCUCAGAGCCUCCCGUUCCCAACAGCGGCGCCAGGCCAGCGAGCCGGAGGCACGAGCCUGGCACGGACAGGACGCAGCACGCCGAGGAGCUGCGGGUCAGAGAUGAGUUCUGA